UCACCCGACGAUGUGAUCAAGCAAACGUUGCUCUCUGUGGUACAGGUGUGGCUGGACAGGUUGCAGAAGCAGGCAGUCGUGACAACAUUCUUCGUCUCCAUCGACAGCUUGCUGUUCUCCCUCACUUCGAACACUCGAAGCGACAACCUUAGCGGAUGGUCCGUACGAGAUGAGGUCAUCAAUGGGAGCCUGGGAGGUGCAAUCAUCUUCCAUGUCUGUGCCUCCAUCGUCGCCUACAUCGGGUCGUUCGUCUUGAUUCGUUACCGUCUCAACGACGCAGAGCGGGCAGAGCAGAAAGUCAUACCGAGACGAUGCGCGACGCCCCCGCGAACGACGACGCGCGCAAGGGUCCAACCAUGGGCAUCGUCGACCCUCCAACUCAAUAGCUCUGCGUUGGGCCCGACCAGCCCCGUGGACUUCAGCGCGCUUACGGAAGCUAUCGCCUCUGUCCCGGACCAGGUCAACGCGGAACUCCGCGGCCUCGUCAGUGUCUAUCGUAGCCACCCGCUUCGGUACCUGUGCGGCUGCGGACGCCGCAGCCGCGCGCGCGAAGACAAGUCUACCGCGAUGCAAGGCCCGCAACCUCCGACGGCGAUCGACACCGCGAUCGAGACACUCAAAGACAUGGUCAGCACACUCGAGCGCGCACACUCUGUGUGUGCGGGCAUGUCUUCCCUCGGCUUCCUCCUCGCGCUCAUUGGCAUUCUCACCUACGCCUGGACGGCGGUCCCGAUCGAGAUCAGUAUCUUCGUCAGCGCUUGCCUUGGCUGCUGUGGGAUCGCCGCUUCCAUCGCUCUGUGGUGA